CCCCAGGGACAUCCCCAGGUCAGGUGGAGAGGUAUGUUCAAAGUUCUCCCAUUUCCCAGACGUGCAUGGGCUCCGUUUGGAUUGAGAGCACAUGGAGAAAGGGGGUUUAGGCCUUCCCCUUCAACAUUUUCCUGCCCGGAAGCAACCCCAGGCCCUCUUCGUGUCAUUGUUAUCAUCUUGACAGCGGGACUGACCUGGAUCCUUGUUAGCAUCUUGUUGGGUACCCAGAGUGGCUUCUCCCGCCUGCAGCAGCUCCUCAACAAUCCUGAGAGCCCUCCCAGUGCAGAGCCCAGGCCCAAGAAGUACAAGUGCGGGCUGCCUCAGGCCUGUCCGGAUCAGACCUUGGCUUUCAAGAUCACCAGCGGUGCGGCAAAUGUCAUCGGGCCCAAGAUUUGUCUGGAAGAUAAAAUGCUGAUGAGCAGCGUGAAGAACAACGUGGGCCGGGGCCUGAACAUUGCGCUCGUGAACGGAGUGAAUGGAGAGCUGAUCGACGCCAAGUUCUUUGAUAUGUGGGCAGGAGAUGUGAGUGAGUUGCUAAAAUUCAUCCGGCCACUGCAUGAGGGGACACUGGUAUUUGUGGCCUCGUAUGAUGACCCUGCCACAAAAAUGAACGAAGAGACUCGCAGAAUCUUCACUGAACUGGGCAGCAGCAUUGCUAAGGACCUGGCCUUUCGGGACAGCUGGGUCUUCGUUGGUGCCAAAGGGGUGCAGGACAAGAGCCCCUUUGAGCAGCAUGUCAAGAACAGCAAGAGCUCCAACAAGUAUGAAGGCUGGCCCGAAGCGCUCGAGAUGGAGGGCUGCAUCCCUCAGCGAACUGCUGAGGUCCAGUGAGGGCGUGCCGCCGCCACAUGAUGUGGGGGGAAGGUGUCUGCCUGUCCGCCCUGCUAUCUUUCCAAAUGGUUUCAGCUGUCCACGCUCCUCCUCUGGGCUGGCCUCUUCCAGCAACCAAGUUUUCCUUUUUAAAGGGCGUUUCUGGACCAGACCAUGGGAAGGGGAAUAUUAUCAAACCACCUCUGGACCAGCCCCCAAGCCUCUUCUAGUGCCUUAUUUCUCCCCUGGUGGAGGAGUUAAUCCAAUUUGACCUUUUCCCUGCUGUUGCGAAUUCCAGGAGGAAACGCGUGCCGUCUGUUGGCCGCUGGGACACUGCUCAGGGACGUGUGCAUCUUUGUGGAGCUGUCCUCCUUUUCCUGCAGUUUGCUAAAGGGACCGGUCGUUCCUGUCAUAGCCUAGUGGGUUUAAGUGAAUAACCUCUCUUGCCAGAAACUUCCUGUUUUAAAGACAGCUCCUUUAUUAUUUUGGUACUUUUGACAGAUGCCUUGUUGCUGUUCCUAACCAAGGCCAUGUUAUGCUUUGGUUAUGAUAAGAAGGGAAAAGAGAGCUCUGUGUUCAUGUUCAUAGUAGAGGGAAUCACAGUUGGGAAUUCCCAUUUUUAAAACUGAAACUUGUUGCUAAAUAGCUUCUCUCAAUAAACAGGUGACAAUG